UAUUUCCGACCUUCUUGCCAAUAAAACUUCAGUCCAGGCGCUCAGUUCAAUUUAAAGCAGGCCAGUGGAGAAAAGUACAAAAACAAAAGCGCGCAAAAUUUCGCUUAGCAUGGAUCGUUCAUUGUUUGCCAUAAUUAUUGCCAUAAUCAGUUGUAUUGCUUACAUAGCUGUUGGUGGCCUAACAAUUGGUGAUUUGCUGUUUUUAAUAGAACAUCAAAAGGAAGUCAACAACUAUGGUACAGUUUUGGCUCUUAUGUGUGUCUCAUUGGUCUUUUAUUUGGCCAUGUUCCUUAUAUCGCUGAUAAUGCUUGUGGGUGUGAAAAAGAGAAGUCCUGAACUUAUCGGUCCUUGGGUUGUUUUGGGUGCAAUUGGCAUAAUUUGCAGUAUUUUAAAUUUCUUUGUAACCGGCAUAAGACAACCCACAAUGGAACUCAUGGCCAGUUUAAUUUAUAUAGCUUUAUCCUGUUUAGUUUGGUAUCCCAUUUACAAGUUAUGGCACGAUAUGCGCAAUGGCAGUUUUCCACUCAGUCGUGAACAACAGGAAUACCAGCCACCACCAGGUUAUUAUGCCCCGCCACCAGUUUCACCAACAACUGAGGAAAAUCAAAAUGAUCGUGAUGUGGAGGCCCCACAAAAGGAAUAAAGUCAUUUAUAUUACGAACUAACAAAUAAAUAAGUGAUAAAAUAAA